GAUCCAUAUGGCAUCCAUGACUUAUUUGAGACCGCAAGAUCCGACCACGGAUCCGAAAAAUGACCGUCAAAGGGAACAUGCAGCGAGCUAGCUGUCCAAUAUGUUCCACCGCCAUCUUACAAAUUCCCAUCCUUCUCCUCCUCCCCUCCCCUCGCGACGUCCAAAAUGUCAGCUCCUAACGAGAAGAAAGAUGUCACAGCCUUCGAAUCCACAGACCACAGCACUGACGCCGUCGAAAAAGCGACACCACCCUAUGGCGGGCUCGACGAAACCGAUCUCCCCGACUAUCACGACAAGCAGACGGCUCGGAUUCUGCGGAAAGUCGACUUUCGGCUAGUUCCUAUGUUGACAUUGCUGUAUCUCUUGGCUUUCCUCGACCGUGGGAAUAUCGGGAAUGCUAAAGUAGCUGGAAUGAAUGAGGAUCUAAACCUCACGGGAGCGGAAUACAAUCUUGCAUUGACAGUCUUCUUCUUCCCCUACGCCAUCUUCGAAGUCCCCAGCAACAUCGUCUUGAAACUGAUCCGUCCUUCGGUAUGGAUGAUGAUUUUGAUGGUCAGCUGGGGAAUUGUCAUGACAUGUCAAGGCCUUGUGCAGAACCACAAUCACCUUUACGUCACUCGAAUUCUCCUGGGACUCACCGAGUCAGGCUUCUUCCCUGCUGCAACCUACUUACUCACGACAUGGUAUUGUAGAUUUGAAGUGCAGACUCGGCUUGCAGUGUUCUUCAGCGCUGCGAGUUUGGCUGGAGCAUUCUCUGGGCUGCUAGCUUUUGGGAUCGAAAAGAUGGAGGGGGUUGGUGGGUUGGAAGGAUGGCGGUGGAUAUUCAUUCUUGAAGGGAUCGUCACCGUGGUCAUCGGAGCGAGCUUGUACUGGACUCUGCCAGAUUCGCCAGCGACGUGCUCGUUCUUAACCCCCGAAGAGAAAUCUAUCAUCGAUAGAAGACUCAUGCAAGAUGCUGGGACCAAAGCAGGCCAUGUAAACACCCAUGAUGGAUUCCAAUGGCAUUUCCUCCGAGAGGCUCUUCUGGAAUGGAAGAUCUGGUUUGCGGUUAUCAUUUACUGGGGGAAUUCGAUAUGUCUCUACGGCUUUACCUACUCCGCCCCAACAAUCAUCAAAGAGCUUGGGUACAAGACCUGGGAAGCACAACUCCUCACAGUCCCCAUCUACGUCCUCGGCGCCAUCUCCACCGUCUUCUUCAGCUGGCUUGCGGACAAGAAACAGACACGCUGGCCAUUCAUCAUUGGUCCUUACGCAGUUGGCGCCUGCUGCUUCAUCGCUCUACUCUCCAUCCCACACCCACGCUACCCUGGCCUGACCUACGCCUUCCUCUUCGGAAUUCCGGCUGGCGUCUACCCUCCUCUGAUCACAAUCCUCUCAUGGGUCGGCAACAAUCUUGCUCCAACGUGGAAACGAGCGGUAGGCAUGGCAUUGCUCAUCUCCGUCGGCAACUUAGGAGGUGCGAUCGGCUCUAACAUCUACCUGACCAGUCAGGCGCCAAAAUAUCCUUUGGGCUUCGGGUUGUGUCUAGGGAUCUUGACUGCUGCGAUCAUUUGUACGUUGUUGCUUAGGAUUGCGUAUAGCCGCAUUAAUAAGCAGAGGGAUCUGAUGGGUGAAGAAGAAGUGAAAGAGAGGUACACGGAGGCGCAAUUGCUCGAUAUGGGUGAUAAGAGCCCGCUGUAUCGAUAUGUGACCUAGAGCACGCAGAAGUGCGACAGUCGAUCGAAAAAUGCCUUUCCUGCUUCCGCCUUGUCCAUGUCGACUUCCUCAACACCAAGAAUGGUAGCAUUCCCAAAGUCCAUCAAAGAACCCGUCUCACAUAUCUCCUCGCACGAAUAGCACAAGGAAAUCCUACGCGCCGCUCUCCUCUAGGACUGGGAGAAUAAUAGAAGCAAACAGUUCUAUCCUCCUAAGACUCUCCAACAGCCAAGCAAGAAUGGUAGCACCUCCAAUUUCCAUCAAAGAACCCGUGCCAUGUACCUCCUCGAACGAAUCGUACAGGCAAGACCCACGGCCCUCUUUCCUCUAGGACUGACUGGCUGCAUGAAAGCAACACGCACCUCUAUCCGCCCCAACAGACCAAGAACUCCAGACCCGCGACUCUCGAUCGAAGCAAAACCGACCCGCUCAAUCAUCAACAAUCUGCACCAACACAACAUCACCAACGCACUCACCCCUUCAACCCCCCAACCCUCCGCCUCGAACCUGAGUCUGCGUCUGCACCACCUCCACCACCCUCAAAUUCUCCCUCUUCAACCCCUCAAACUCGCGAUCCAAUUUCCGAUGCCAAGGAUACAGGACAAAAACCUGAAACGCCAACGCCGAAGAGGCGAUGCAGAAAUUCGUAAUGGAGAAGCGGCGGGCGAGGAGAGGCAUGGUCGGUUUGUAAUAAGAGCCAAAAAAAAGAGACGAUGGGAGGAUGGGAGAAUGUCUUGCCUGAUGAGAGUGUAGAUUGGAUGGAUAUAAGUGAGUGGUUUGAGAACUUGCCCCUUU